UCAUUGGUGAUUCGAGCUGUCUGCAGUAACGUCAAGAGAUUAGUGAAUCGCAGCUGGAAUGUGAGGUUGAUUCACAAAGGCGAGAGAGGGAGACAAAGCCAGCGCGCUGAAGAUACGCACAACGGACUGCCACAUCGCGCACAGCCAUGAAGGGAGAGCAUUUAUUUGCCAACAUGAGAAGUGCUCCAUUCCUCCAGCGGGUCUACCUCCUAGGAGGGGAGGAGCUGGUAGUCCUGCAGUGCACUGUGGGAGAGUCCUCACUGGGAGACAGUUUCCAACAAAUCACUGACUUCAAUGAUCUCCCCACGUCCCUCUUCGCCUGCAACGUGGACCAAUCAGUAUUUGAGGACCAGGAGGGCAAGGAAAUGUUCGAGGCACUCUUCCUCGCAUACGACGAAGGUGUGACGUUCCAGCAGUUUAAGAGCUUUCGACGUGUACGAAUCAACUUCAGUAACCCCAAAGCAGCAGCCAGCGCCAGGAUAGAGCUACACGAGACACCUUUUAGAGGGAAAAAACUCAAACUUUACUUCGCCCAGGUGCAGAACCCAGCAUCCGAAGGAGACAAUUUGCACCUGGCUCCUCCCCAGCCUUCGAAACAGUUCCUCAUCUCCCCACCCGGCUCACCUCCAGUCGGCUGGCAACAGAUUGAUGAAGCCACACCUGUUAUUAACUACGACCUGCUGUAUGCAGUUGCUAAGCUUGGCCCAGGUGAGAAAUUUGAGCUUCAUGCCGGCACAGAGUCUACGCCCAGCGUGGUGGUCCACGUUUGUGACAGCGACACAGACGAGGAGGAGGAACCAAAGAACAACCCUAAACCAAAAAUCAUCCAGACCCGACGCCCAGACCUGCCUGUCUCAAACUGAACUCUACAGGUCCAAUAGAGAGUCAGGAGGAUUUGUACCCUUCCCAUCUCCAUAACAGCACCUCUGUAACCCUUCCUCCUAACCAUGUCAAGCAAACAACCAGGGUCUCGGGGACUCUGAUCCGUGUUUCGUGUUCAGCCCACAUACAACAAUCAGCCACAACAUUAAAACCACCUGCCUAAUAUUGUGUAAGUCCCCCUCGUGCUGCCACA